AUGGCAUGUCACGCGGACCGAAUCCGAGACCAAAGGAUUCGUAAGCUUACAACCCUGUGGAAAGAAGGGACUCCACGCUCCGUCUCUCGAAAACCUGAAGGGAAGAAACGGAAGGAUCGGGAGGGGAAAAGCAGCUCCGUUGCUCGGCUGCUUCUUCUUCCCCCCUUGGGCGAGAGGGGAUCGGGCAUCCGUCCUCGAGGAGAGGUGCAGGAUUUCUACGAGAUCCGGAAGAAAUGCCUGGAAGAAGGGACGUUGUGGGAAGACCCCGAAUUCCCCGCGGAGGAUGUCUCCAUCUUCUAUUCCCGUGCUCCGCCCAAGCCUUUUCAAUGGAAACGACCUCACGAGCUGGUCGACAGUCCGAAGCUGUUCGUGGAAGGAGUGAGCCGAUUUGAUGUUCAGCAGGGAGAAUUAGGAGAUUGCUGGCUUUUGGCCGCGGUGGCAAAUCUCACACUGAACAGCAAGCUGUUCCACCAGAUCGUGCCCGAAGAUCAGUGGUUCGACCAGGAAUAUGCCGGGAUCUUCCAUUUCAGGCAAAAUGACGGGCGAAUGCCUCCUCCGUUUCUUGGCUGCAGGUUCUGGCAAUACGGCCGGUGGGUGGACGUGGUGGUGGACGACCGGCUUCCCACUUAUUAUGGCAGGCUCACCUUCCUUCACUCCAAAGACAAAAAUGAAUUCUGGUCCGCCCUUCUCGAGAAGGCUUAUGCCAAGCUUCAUGGAUCAUAUGAGGCACUGAAGGGAGGAACGACGGUGGAGGCCAUGGAGGACUUCACGGGAGGAGUGACAGAGAUGUACGAACUCGAAAAGGCUCCUCCGAAUCUCUUCAACAUCAUGCUUAAGGCCCAUGAGAGAUCCUCCCUGAUGGGAUGCUCCAUCGAUCCAGACCCAAACGUGGUGGAAGCGCAGCUGGACAACGGCUUGAUCCGGGGUCAUGCUUACAGCGUGACCAAAGUGAAGUCCAUCGACAUCAACACUCCGCGGAUGUCGGGAAAAAUCUCUCUGGUCCGGAUCCGAAAUCCCUGGGGAAACGAGGCCGAAUGGAAAGGCGCCUGGAGCGAUCAGUCCCCGGAAUGGCGAUUCAUCCCGAAGGAGGAGAAGGAGAGCAUCGGUCUCACCUUCGACGAUGACGGCGAGUUUUGGAUGUCCUUCAAGGACUUCCUCGCCAACUUCCAGCGCCUGGAGAUCUGCAACUUGAAUCCGGAUAGCCUCGAGGACGACGAGCAGUCGGCUGCGAAGACCAAGUGGGAAAUGAGCGUGUACGAAGGCUCUUGGAUCCGUGGAUCCACUGCCGGAGGAUGCCGGAAUUACCUCGACACCUUUUGGUUGAAUCCUCAAUACCGAAUCACCCUGGAUGAUCCAGACGACGACGACGACGAGGAGAAAUGCACGGUGAUUGUGGCCCUCAUGCAAAAGAAUCGACGCUCUCAACGGAAACUUGGACUCGAUUGCCUCACCAUCGGAUACGCCGUAUAUCACUUGGAGGCGCCGGACAAAGUACCGAAGCCGCUGGACGUCAGCUUCUUCAAGUUCACGGCGUCCACGGCCCGAUCCCCGUCGUUCAUCAACAUGCGCGAAGUGAGCUGCCGCUUCAAACUGCCACCAGGCUCUUACGCCAUCGUCCCUUCUACCUUCGAGCCCAACGAGGAAGGGGAAUUCCUCCUUCGCGUGAAAGAGGAGACACCCGAAGAAGAUGAACACGACAAGAAGGUGAGGGAAUUCUUCCGGAAGAUUGCUGGAGAAGACCUGGAGAUCGACUGGGAAGAACUUCAAGAAGUCCUAAAUUUUGCCCUCAAGAAAGAGUUCGAGUUUGAAGGGUUCAGCAAGGAGGUCUGUCGCAGCAUGGUGGCCAUGAUGGACGUGGACAGAUCGGGAAAACUCGGCCUGGAAGAGUUCAAACUCCUCUGGAAGGACAUUCGAACCUGGAAGACCGCGUUCAAGUUGUACGACCGUGACGGUUCGGGCUGCCUGAACACCUUCGAAUUGCGGCUUGCAUUGAAUUCUGCCGGUUAUCACCUCAACUCCCACAUCCUCAAUGUCCUCGUCUUGCGCUACGGGAAUAAGACCGGCACAAUGACCUUUGACGAGUUCGUCAUGUGUGCCGUGAAGCUCAAAACCAUGUUUGAGACCUUCAUGGAAAAGCGAGAUGGUGCAGGGUCAGCAGAAUUCACCAUGGAAGAAUGGAUUGAAACCACCAUGUAUUCCUAGUUUCUUUAAAUCGCACGAAAUCUCUCCCAUUUGUUUUUUAUGUAGAAGAAAUGAGGUUUUCCCUUACCACGAUCAGCUGCUGCCAUUCAGAUAUUGUUCUCGAGACUUCUCGAUAUUCUUAAAAGAUCUCAGUGUUUCUUCCGAAGUGGGAGAAGAACGACAAGAUUUGUGCGUUAAAGUUUGCGGAGUUUCUCUGCCGAAAGCCGGCGAGAAGCCAGGAAUCGAGAUAUCAGAGUUUCGUAUCUAGUCCUUUCGCGUUUGUGAGCGUCUUCUCGUCCUUUAAAUGAUUUUUGGGUGCCUCGGGACGCAUCCCUAAGAGAGUUCCCUUGUAUAUUCGUACUCGUUUUUCGUCGUGAUGGAGUUGGGCUACAGUCUGAGACACGAGAGAAGACGAACAGAAAGCGAAGCUUCCUUUCCGUUUUCCAUCAUUCGAGUUCUUACCGCGGACCGGGCGACUCGCAUCCGACCGGUAUCGCGUCGCUUUCGUCUCGGGUCGUUACCAUUCGAUGUGUGAUGAGAUGUUCGCAAAAAACGUCGUCAUUCCAAAAUGAGGGAUUCGGCGAGGCUACGAUUAAAUCCUACCUCUGGGAGAUCCUUCGUUUUCGCGAACGAGAAGCGACCGACUCGGAAUCGAAACGGACUUGGGGGAGUCAGACGGACUCAUUAAAAACGGAGCAUUGCCUUUUUCUCUAUGGGUUCCCUUGCGAUUUCGUUUCUUUCUGAGGCUCUGCAGAUCAAAAUGAAGGAAUUGAAUUUCUCGCUUGGGAAGCUGGCCGAUCGUGAGGAUUGUGGGUAGGGAAUAAAAAAAAGCUCUCGUCGCGGUUUUCUCCUGCCCUGCUUCUUCCCCCUGUAAUGUACCUGAAGACUCGAAACACGAAUGAAUUCCUCCGCAGGAUUCUUUUUCGUCUCCAAUCCUCUGAUGCUAUCGAUUCCUUCGACUCAGCGAUCGAAUUUUUUCUUGGCCUUGAGGCCAAGAAAAAAUUCCGUUGGAAUAGUUCAGUUUCUGCCUAUUAGCAGUGCAUCUCGUCUGUCGUCUCUCGUGUUCUCAACGCUAGCAGGAAGAAAAAUUAUUGCUGCUUCCGAUGGUUCUUCUUUAUAUGAUAUGUCUUCCCUCUCGCCCUCUUUUCAUUAAAAAAAUGUCAGGUGGACGGGAAUUGAAGGUUUUCGCUGGGAACCUCUGCAGAAAAAUGGAUUCGAGGAUCAUGUCAUUCUACCCUUAGUGCGCAGGCACUCUUCGCUUUUGUUACGCCUCGCUCCUAAUAUGUUCAUUUUGUAUUCUGUUUGUUUUGGGAAGUCGUGUCGCGCAAGGAUGAGUCCGUUAAGAAUAUUUUGUAUAGACAUGAAGUUGGACUAAUUAUAAUUUUCACCUGGACCCAAUAUUCUCUGAGGAUGAAAGAUGCCUUUAAUACUCGACAUGUACUCCACUUUUCAUCGUUCUACAGACGUUUCUGAUCUCAUGCGAUUCUCCAUGUCUCAAGCUUUCUAUGUAUUCCCAGGGUUUUUUUUUGUUAUAUUCCCCUUCUAUGGUAUCUCUUGCUGUCGUGUCGUUUGUAUCGCUCGGCCGUCAAAGCGUGGCACUGAUGAUUGGUGCUCACUUGUAUCAUAUCCCAGUGGGGUCAUUUUUGUAUUUCAUCCGCCUUUUUCCUGCUCUAAGUGCCUAUUGUAAUGCACAGGUGCUGACAUCGUUUUGCGAAAGGCGCUCUCCUAUCUUGUGAUGAGGAUACUACUGUAGAAAAGGUCUUCCGUGCCUGCCAAAUGUGGACUUUUUCUCUCUGUAUCUACCGCGUCUUCUUCGCUUCUUUCUUCGCAGUCUCUGAAGGCUUUGCCAAAUGCUGAUGGCUUAAACCGAGCGGUCUUUUUUCUUUGUGUGCUUUUGCAUGUUGUCGCUAAGUACCGUGGGAACUAUUCGGGGUGUGCGAGACGAAGUAGGGGCUGAGAGCGACACCAACCUGUGGUCGCGGCAGGCAGCAACUGGUGUGUGUGUCAUCUCCGACGUUCUCGCUCCGUUUGGACAGCGGUGGAAGUUCGCGUCGACGAAGACGAAGAAGAAAAGAGAUCGUACCUCCGUCACAUCUGCCGGCUCUGACUAAAUGGAAUCGAGGAGAACAUUCCGAUUCCGAGAGACAGAGUGGAGUACGUCCGAAGCACCUCUCCAUUUCAUUUUGCAUUCGAAUGUUCGAAAGUGCUCGCUCGAGUGAUUUUUCAAAAUCAAAUUCGGAAAAUAAAGUUUCAAAUGGUUGCGA